AUGUACAUCGAACGGAUGAACAAUUGCACCAUGACCACCUGCAAUGCCACUGAGCAGGAGAUCACAUUCUCUGCCGUCGCUGAGCUCUGCGCCAUCAUCAGCGUGCCUGUGACCAUCGGACCUGAAGCUACUGCGUCCAUAGCAACGUCAAACCCAUUGUUCAGCACAGUCGGCAUACCGACGCAAUCAAGCCUACCGGCCGUGUCGACGCCCAUACUUUCAAGUACUCCUGCAAGCUCAGAAAUACUGGGAUCAACGACAGGCUCAAUCGCCACGCAAGAGAGCCCAACAUCUCCUACAGAGAGCUCUUCACCGACGUCGCUCGCGCCUCCUACUAGCGCAACGGCUCCUCCUGCCCAGUCGUCGUCGAAUGACCUGAGUCGCCUCUGCUCACCUUCGAGGUUGAGCCUAGUUCUGGGCGUGGGGACGGCGAGCAUCUUGAACAUGGUCUGGGCAUGA